AGCGCGCUACGACCUGCCCCUUCUGGCUCCCGGCUAGAAAAGAGCGUCUAUGCCGGCAGCAGUGAUGAAUCGCAGGAGGUGCUGGCUGCUCGGUGGCUGCGAGGAGCGGCAGCUACUGGUGGCCUCUUUGUAGAUGUACUGCUGUCACUAAACAUUGGCCCAUUUGAAAGCGCUAGGGAAGCUCAGCCAUCAGUAUGUCCAAGUACAAACUGAUUAUGUUAAGACAUGGAGAGGGUGCUUGGAAUAAAGAGAAUCGUUUUUGUAGCUGGGUGGACCAGAAACUUAACAGUGAAGGACUGCAGGAAGCUCGGAACUGUGGGAAGCAACUCAAAGCUUUAAACUUUGAGUGUGAUCUUGUAUUCACAUCCAUCCUUAAUCGGUCCAUCCACACAGCCUGGCUAAUCCUAGAAGAGCUGGGGCAGGAGUGGGUUCCCGUGGAAAGUUCCUGGCGUCUCAAUGAGCGUCACUAUGGAGGCUUGAUCGGUCUAAACAGGGAGCAAAUGGCUUUGAAUCACGGUGAAGAACAAGUGAGGCUCUGGAGAAGAAGUUAUAAUGUGACCCCGCCACCCAUUGAAGAGUCGCAUCCUUACUACCAUGAAAUCUACAAUAACCGGAGGUAUAAAGUGUGCGAUGUACCUGUGGAUCAGCUGCCACGAUCUGAAAGCUUAAAGGAUGUUUUGGAGAGACUCCUUCCCUUUUGGAAUGAAAGGAUUGCUCCUGAAGUAUUAAAAGGCAAAAACAUUCUGAUAUCUGCUCAUGGGAAUAGCUGUAGGGCACUCCUGAAACAUCUGGAAGGUAUCUCAGAUGAAGACAUUAUCAACAUUACUCUUCCUACUGGAGUCCCCAUUCUCCUAGAGCUGGAUGACAACCUACAUAGUGUUGGGCCUCACCAGUUCCUGGGUGACCAAGAGGCUAUCCAAGCGGCCAUUAAGAAAGUAGAGGAUCAAGGAAAAGUGAAACGAGCUGAAAAAUAAAGUCUUUCCCAAGUGUUGGCUUGGAAUAGCUGCAAAAGGAGUGGCAUGCAGUGUGUGCCACUGGUCUCUCUCUUUUUUUUUCCCUGUUUUUUCCAGAGCUAGGCUGUGGGGUAGAGUUUGUAUAGGUAACUAGAUAACUUAUGUUGGCCCAGAUAAAGGCUUUAGGAUGCCUGAGUGCUUCUGUCAUAAGCCUUAUGAGUUAGCUCUCCUGCUAGCCCUGUUUGAAUUAGUCACUAACUAGUAACUAGUGGGGCUUAAUAAAUAUCAUCAGUUUCUGAGAUGGGAGAGUAACAAGUGGAGGUAAAUUUUAAGGUAUUUGUCAUUCAAUAAAUUAUUAUCAAGUAAUCAUUGACAAGUACUACUUACUCUAAUAAGUGGUUCCCCUUUGUAUUUACUAAGACUUUCUGGGAUGAUAGUAAAGGAUAUUAGAUAAUACACUAUACUUAAGUAUUUAUUACUAGUCUUUUCCUCUAGGAAAAGUGAUACCUCGAUAGUUAAGACCAGAGGCCCAUUAAAUGGGAAAGUCGCAGAUGGGUUCCUCCAAGACAGCCAACAACAGACAACAGGCCCUUUGCCUUGUCUAUAGUCCAGAGACAUCCUUUGUUUGACAUUGGGUGGAGUUCCUCUCUGGCUGCUAGAAUUAGCAGCAUCUAGACAAUUAUAGCUGUUGUGUUCUUUUUUGUUUCAUUUUUGUUUUUUGAACUUUAAUCUUUGGGUACUUAAAAUUGGUCUAAAAAUAAAGUUCUGUGACUGAAAAUGAUAU